AUGGUUACAGGUAUAAAGAAAACUGUUAAAGUAGUAGUUGUAGGUGAUGGUGCUGUUGGUAAAACUUCACUUUUAAUUUUAUAUACAACUAAAGCAUUCCCAAAAGAUUAUGUACCAACAGUAUUUGAUAACUUUAAUUGUUUAGAGAUGUACGAUAAUAAACCAGUUAAUUUAGUAUUGUGGGAUACCGCUGGUCAAGAAGAUUAUGAUAAUUUACGUCCAUUGUCAUAUCCACAGACUGAUGUAUUUAUAAUAUGUUAUUCAGUAGUUAAAAGAGAUUCGUUAGAUAAUAUAAAGUAUAAAUGGUUACCUGAAAUUAAUCAAACUAAUCAGGGUACACCAAUUAUUUUAGUUGGUACAAAGACUGAUUUAAGGGAGGACAAAAAAACAUUAUCACAAUUACAAGAAUCAAAACAAGAACCAGUUUCAAGAGAUGAAGGUGUAGCAUUAGCAAAAGAGAUAGGUGCAGUACAAUUUUUCGAAUGUUCUGCAUUGACAGGUAAUGGUGUAAAUGAUAUUUUCGCUGCUGCAAUUAAAGCAGCUUUUAAUAAACCUGCUGUAACUUCACCAACUUCGAAAUCUAGUGGUAAAUCUUCACCUUCAUCUACCUCUUCAAAACCUUCUAAAACUACUACUACAACUACAACCUCUUCUUCUUCUUCUUCACCACCUGCUGCUUCAACUGCAAAACCAGCAGGUGAAAAGAAAUUAAGUUGGGGUUUGUUCCGUAAAAAAGAUAAAGAUGAAAAGAAACCAGCAAAAUAA